GCUAGAAUUCUAUACAAUCAGUUCUUACAUCAUAGAAAUGGGUCAUUCUGUUUCUUCCAUUGAGCUUCUUUCUAUUGUGCUGUUGGUUUCAGGGAUUUUGUACCCCAAAACCAUCAGCUUUGCUUUUUGCCAGAGUGAUGUUAAUGCCAGUUGCAUUCCAUCUGAGAGGGAAGCACUCAUCAAGUUCAAAGAAGGCCUGACAGAUCCUUCCAAUCAACUCUCAUCCUGGGAUGGAGAAGAUUGUUGCAAAUGGAGAGGAGUGAGUUGCAACAACAGAACCGGUCAUGUUUUCAAGCUCAACCUCCGAAACUCAAAUGCAGAGAACCUUGAAGGCAGUGGAGCUAUGGACACAUUGGGUGGUGAGAUCAAGCCUUCUCUUCUUCACUUGAAUUAUCUGAAUUACUUGGACUUGAGCGGGAAUAAUUUUGGAGGUAUCCCUAUUCCUAACUUCAUUGGAUCACUAAGGACGUUGAAGUAUCUCAACCUUUCUGGUGCAUCGCUUAGCGGAGUUAUACCUCCUACUUUUGGAAACCUCUCAAACUUGAAUUUUCUUGAUCUUGACAACAGUCCUGGUGAAUCAAAUGAGAGUGAUCUCAGAUGGCUUUCCAGUCUUUCUUCUUUGAAAUAUCUUCAUUUGAAAGGUUUUGAUCUGAUCAAGGCCUCAGGAUAUUGGCUUGAAGCUGUUAACAUGCUGCCUUCUCUUAAGGAGUUGCAUCUGCCCAACUGUAGACUUUCCAAUCUACCCAGCACUUUGCCAUUCAAUAACUUCACAUCUCUUCAGGUGCUUGACCUCUCCAACAAUGGCUUCAACUCCACAAUCCCAUAUUGGUUAUUCAACAUCAGCAGCCUUCAAUAUCUUGAUCUCAACUCCAACAAUCUCCAGGGUCAGCUUCCAUCAUUUGAAAGCAUGAAAGGUCUGGGGAAUCUGUGCAAUUUACAUACGUUGAUCCUUUCUACCAAUGACGUUAGCGGGGAAAUAAUCGACUUCAUUGAUGGUUUAUCCAGAUGCAAUAGCAGCAGCUUAGAGACAUUGGAUUUGGGAUACAACGAAUUUACUGGAAAGCUCCCUAGUUCCUUGGGAUAUCUCAAGAACUUGAGAAACCUUCAACUUUGGCAUAACUCAUUUCAAGGUUCAAUUCCAGCAUCAAUUGGAAAUUUGUCAUCUUUGGAGCAGUUCCACCUUGCGGAUAAUAAAAUGAAUGGUCUUACAGAAAGGGUGGGGCUACUCUCAGCACUGGUAUAUUUAGAUCUCUCUGAAAACCCUUGGCAAGGUGUCGUCACUGAAGCUCACUUUGUGAAUCUCUCAAGCCUUAAGGAGUUAAAUUUCAACAGAAAAUCCCCAAAUGUUUCUGUGGUUUUCAACUUCAGUUCUGAUUGGCUUCCUCCUUUUAAGCUCAGGUACAUUUAUAUUAGAUCAUGUCAGCUGGGACCCAAAUUUCCUACAUGGCUCAGGAAUCAGAAUGAGCUGGUCACCUUGGUGCUCAAUAAUGCUAGGAUCUCCGACACCUUACCAGACUGGUUUUGGGGGUUGAAUUUGCAGGUAGAUGAGCUAGAUGUUGCUUAUAAUCAGCUCAGAGGAAAGGUACCAAACUCCUUAAGCUUCCGAGAGUCUUCCACUGUUGAUUUGAGUUCAAAUCUCUUUGUUGGUCCCCUCCCACUCUGGUCAUCCAAUGUCACUAAGCUGUAUUUGAGGGAUAAUUUCUUUUCUGGGGCCAUCCCGGAUAACAUUGGUGAAGUAAUGCCCUCUCUGACUGAUUUAGAUAUCUCUAGGAACUCUUUAGAUGGUAGAAUUCCCUUGUCCAUAGGCAAUCUAACACAACUGACAACCUUGGUUAUCUCAAACAAUAAUCUGUCCGGUGAAAUUCCAGAGUUUUUUAGCCAUCAAAGCAUGUUAUGGAUAGUAGACAUGUCCAACAACAGUCUUUCUGGUCCAAUUCCAAGGUCAAUAGGUUCUCUUAGCUUCCUCAAAUUCUUGAUACUGAGUGAGAACAAUCUGUCUGGUCAAAUCCCUCCUUCCUUACAGAACUGCACUCGCAUGGAUAGUCUUGAUCUUGGUGAGAACAGACUAUCUGGAAACCUUCCAUCCUGGAUUGCAAAAAGCAUGACAUCUUUGUUGAUUUUACGCUUGCGAUCCAACUCACUUGUUGGAAAAAUCCCUUCUGACAUUUGUGGCCUUUCAACUCUACACUUAUUGGACCUUUCACACAACAGUCUAUCCGGAUUUAUUCCUCCAUGCAUAGGGAACUUGAGUGGCAUGAGUUCUGCACUUGUAAACAUUGACACUGAGAGAUAUGAAGGACAAUUGAGUGUAGUGACAAAGGGAAGAGAAUUCGAAUAUAUGAGUACUCUUUACCUGGUCAACAGUCUAGAUCUUUCAAGCAACAAUCUAUCAGGAGAGUUGCCAGUAGGGCUUACAAGGCUUUUGGAGUUGGGGACAUUAAACCUGUCCAUGAAUCAUUUUACAGGGACAAUACCUGGACAAAUAGGUGACUUGAAACGAUUAGAAACCCUUGACUUGUCAAGAAACAAGCUUUCUGGCCCAAUUCCAGCAUCCAUGUCUUCUCUUACAUUUCUGAAUCACCUGAACUUGUCAUACAAUAACUUGUCAGGACAAAUCCCAACAACCAACCAGUUCCAAACCUUCAAUGAUCCUUCAAUUUAUGAGGGCAAUCCAGCACUCCGCGGGCUUCCAUUAUCUUCUAAGUGUCCUGAAAACAACGGAAAAUCUGGUCAGUUUCCUGGUGAGGAUACAGAGAGGAAUGGUGAAAAAGGGGAUGAUUAUGAGAAGCUGUAUUUCUUCGUCAGUGUGGCAUUAGGUUUCAUUGUGGGGUUCUGGGGAGUUUGCGGCACUCUCAUCAUCAAGAAGUCCUGGAGGCAUGCGUACUUCCGCUUCCUCAAUAAAGCAAAAGAUAGGUUUCUUGUACUGUUAGUUAACAACAGUCAUCUGCAAAGGGAAGGCUCCAGAAAUCCGUCAAAUAACUAAAUUAUAAUGUAAACAUUUUUCAGCUUAAGUAUCUCUAAUGAUAAUUUUUGGGAAUAGGUGGAGACAUCUUUCAGGGGAAAGAGACUUUUGGGAGCAUAUUGGAGGAAUUGAUAUAUCAUUGGAUCCUUCUAGUUUUGGCCAAGCAAAUACAUGAGAAGUCAGAGCUGACAUUUUCUAAAGUGCCAUAAAAUUUUUGAUUUAUUUAUUAUUUUUUAGCUCCUUUUACAUCCUACCGUAAAUGAAUUUUUAUCAUUGCUUGAUAGAAAUCCUGUUUGCCAUUGCUUAGUUGUAUUCUCCUUUUCAGGCGUUUGACAUCUUGCUCUGCAAAGUACAAAAGUAUGUCCCUUAUAAAGCAUCUGUGGCUGUUUGUAUGCAGGGGCUGGAGUGAUUGGAUUAUCAUUAGCUGCCAGUAGAAAAUGCAGG